GCUCAGCACAGGAGGUCGCCCGCCGGUAGCCCUCGGAUGGCGCACAGCUACCCCUCCGUAGUGCACACUCUGACCCCUUCUGCAGCUGCCGCCGCUGUUCGGCCUGCCCAUGUCGGUCAAGGCACACAUCGGCGUCCAGGGCACGCGCUCAGACCGCGGCAUCCUCUUCGACGUGCUGGCGCCUGCGAGCGUGGCCGAGCUGCUGCGGGACGGCGGCGACGUGGCGCGCUCCGUGACGCCAGCAACGCUCGAGGCCAUGCGCACGCAGGGCCCGCACGUCCAGACAGAGGACGCAGCCAUCGUGCGGGCUCUGCUCGAGGCCGGCGUCGUCAUCAUCGCCAAGACGACAAUGCCGCAGACAGUCAUGCAGGUCGACACACGCUCGCACCUGCACGGCGUGACGUUGAACCCGCGCAACCUGCACCUGAGCCCCGGCGGCUCUUCCGGCGGCGAAUCGGCUCUGCUCGCUGCAGGCGGCAGCGCGCUAGGCCUUGGAUCUGACAUCGGUGCGUCUGAUGCCAUGCAGGCUCGUCGCAGGCUGACACCCUCCACAGGCGGUUCUGUUCGCCAGCCCGCCGCGUGCGUGGGACUCUAUGGCAUGCGGCCUACGUGCGGCCGGCUCCCGAUGCGCGGCGUCAGGAGCACCAUGGCUGGCGCCGAGGGCAUCGUUGGCUCGCUCGGGCCCUUUGCCCACUCGCUUCGCGACCUACGUCUCAUCAGCAAGGUGCUCCUCUCGGGUACGGCGGGCGGCCCCACGCCGCCGUGGGUGCUCGACCCGCACGGCUGCCCGAGAUGCCCCUGGAGAGAGGUGCUACAGCCGAAGAAGCUGCGCGUCGGAGUCAUGCGCUGCGAUGGCCGAGUGAGGCCCACCCCACCCGUUCGUCGGGCCAUGGACACCGCCGUGCAGCAGCUCGCCAAGGUCGCGUCCGUCGAGCUAGUCGACUUCAGCCUGGGCUCUCUCGGCUCGGAGGCGUGGGACCUUGCGCGCGAGCUGUACUUCCAGGAAGGCGGUGCCGUCGUCCGCGGCCUCAUCGAGUCGACCGGAGAGCCGCUGCUGCCGCUCACGCAGGCGAUCCUUGGCGCGCCGGUCCGUGACCACACCGCAGGCGAGGUCUGGCGGCUGGCCAGCCGCCGCGAGGCGCAUCGGCGGGCCUUCAUGGCGCUAUGGCAGAGUGCCGAGCUCGACGUGCUGCUGUGCCCGGCGGCGCCUCUGCCGGCGCCUCGGCCAGGCCGGGUGCGCUACUGGGGCUACACAUCACACUUCAACCUGUGGGACAUGCCCGGCGUCGUCUUCCCCACUGCGACCACCGCUCUGCACACGACAGACGCGCACUGGGAGCAGGAGCUCGAGAGCGUGCCGUGCACAGGCGACGCGGACGAGCACCACAGGGCCGUCUUCGACGGGGCGCCCGUGGGGCUGCAGCUCAUCGGACAGCGCUGGAUGGAGGAGGAGCUGCUCGCCGCCGUCGAGGUCGUCGCUGGCGCCGCAGGUCUCGGCGCAGGUCUGUGAGCCUGUCCUUGUCGCCGGCACCGCAUUGCAAUGCACACAUCACACCGCACGCCUC